AAAACUGAAAGCAUUUAAUAUAAAAAAUGGACGAAAAUGGCAAAUUUAUUCUUAAUACCGACUGCCUUUUAGAAAUAAUGAAAUUCGUAAUUAGGCUAUACCACGAUCUACGUAUGCGUCUUGCAUGCAGGAUAGCAAAGAUGCUAAUAGAACUGCGCGUCAAUAAGAUAUCAAGCCAAAAUAGGCAUUUAUUUUGGAGGUCCUACUUACAAUCAAUCAAAGAAAGAUUUUCUUUUGAUAUUGAACUCGAUUUUGUUCAGCAUAAAUACGAAAGGAGCGUUUACCUAACAGCCGUUUCAAAAGACCUUAUACACACGGAGAUAUCAAAGUUGAAUGUUAAUAUCACUGCAGAAGCUUUAAUGGACAUUUGCCAGUCCUAUCCAAAUUUAAGAAAAUUGUCAUUGCAAAACAUUGAAAUACAUGGAAGUAUAUCCGAUAUUACCGCCUAUUGCGGGAACCUUAGAGAGCUAAGGAUUACGUUGAACCCGGAAGUUAAAGCAGCCCAAUAUGCACCGCUGGCAAAGUUGCCAAAUUUAACAACUUUUAUUAUCUCUGGAGUCCAAGAAGUCGGUUCGAUAGAUCUAUUCUUUGCUGAUAUGAGGCGGUGGCACAGGCCUAGAAGCCUACAGCCGUUAACUGUUACAAUCAAAGAUAAAAUUUUUAAAAGUCCGUCUGUUACUUUUGCUGCUUUUAACUCACUUCGAUACUUGAAAAUAUACCAGUAUUAUAAAUAUAACUCAGAAUGGGACAUAAACUUUACAGCAGAAUACGACCUAAAUGAUCUAUCAGAAGAUGGCAAUUCAAUAAACGGAUCCCUUGCCACCAUAUCUGUAGGUCAGCUUGUGGGCCUGGUGUUUGAUAGAUGUAAAGAAGAAAUUGUGUUGACAAUUGAUAAAAUCUCGGACAUAAGAAAAUUAGGAUCUUUAUCAAAGCUGCCAAACUUUAAUAGCUUAUUAAUACGAACAGAUUCCUGUGAUGUGCCUUUUAAUCAAUCCAAACUUCAAAACUUGUUCCGAUCACUGGCUUCCAAUGAGUCGAUUGCUUUAAAAUCCUGCAUAAUAAGAAAUAUUUUACUCGAUCGGGUAGGGGCCUUAGAACUUGCAUCUAUAACUUCAAUUCGAUUUCUGAAGUGUGAAUUAUCUGAAUGGCGUUCCGUUCAGUUUUUAAGUCAACUUUAUAAUCUGGAAUACCUAAAAAUCAAUGUACAUGACUCCGUCGAUGCCAGUACUUCAAGGCUAGUUACUUAUCUGCUAUCUACGUGUCAGUUUGACACUGACAAUAACUACCCAAAACGUUGAUAUUUUUUUUUUGAAAAAUGAAAAAUACCUUCACAUUUGUAUGUUGUUGGACUUUUCAGCCGAUCUCCUGGCUCCCCUUGCGGAGUUCAGUGACGUUACUACGGUUCAACUUUCGGGUAUUCCAAAUCCUGCUUCCUUAAAUCGACUCUUUCAAUCCUUCGCCACUAGCAAUUUAUGUAUGAUCGAGGAAUUGGAUCUUUCCAAAUUGACUAAUCACUACUUCUCUGACAUCUCCAAAGUGGCAGAAAUUCAAACUUUAAGGAAAUUGACAUGUGAUAUAGCGGAUUUAACUGGAAUUGAAAAAUUAGCCGAUUUGAAAAAACUCGAGGUUUUGAAAAUAAAAACUAUUGGAUUUGGAUCUCUAUCCUCUCUUUUUACAAAGCUAGCUGAGAAUAAUAGUAUUAAAUGUAUAAAAGUAAACUUAAAAAAACUUUCACGUGAAGAGGUUGCGAAGGUUUCCCGAAUAAGGUCACUUAAGAAGUUGGAGUGCACUUUUGCCAACAUGCCACAUGCCCAAUCCUUUACCGAACUAGCUAACUCAAGUAUUGAAGAGCUAAUAGUCUGCGUAGAAAGCAAAAACCGAUCCCUGCUGAAUUUAUUUUCUGCAUUUUCCUCAAAAAGUAAAUUUAUGCUUCAGCGUCUUGAAAUUAUAGGCAAAACACUUGACUUGACAGAAAUAAUUGAAGUUUCGAAAAUACCAGUUUUAAUAAGUUUACAGGUUGGAUCAGUUGAUUCACUAAGAGUUUUGACUUUAAACCCACUGUGUAAGCUUCAAAAAUUGGAUUUACACUUCGGUAUUGGGUCCAAUGAAUGCAAUUGGUUUGCUCAUCUUGAUACAUUGGAGUCCUUAAAAUGCGCACUAGUCAAUGACCCGGGCGUAGAAGUUUUGGCAAAUCUAAUAAAUCUCAAAGAAUUGAUUAUCAUUGAGGCUGGUGGUUCGCUCAGUGAACUGUAUCAGGCAUUUGCUAAUAAAAGCCUGCCAGUUUUACAAAAACUGCAUACACCAAUAACAAGUUCUUCUGAGAUACACGGAAUAUCGCAAAUUAAGUCUCUAAAAGAACUAAAUAUUGUUUACAGAACCAAUUGUGACAACUUAUCGGACCUAGGUCAACUAAAUGAACUGACAUCUCUUAGUAUUGCUGAAAAAGACUUGUCCAAAAUAAACAGCGAUAGCGUUUUGCCUAUUUUUCAAACUUGUCAAAAACUCGAUUUCGCUUCUUUUGACUUUCGACAAUGGAUGGUCUUUCCCUUCAAGCUUUGCAAACGACGUUAAGCAAAUUCUGAAAUCUGUAAGGGAUCCCAGACUCCAAAGACCAUUACAACUUAGUUUACGCUCCCUACUGCCCCGAGUUCUACACCGACACUGAAAAUGAAUACUUGGAUGUUUUCUAUUUACAAACAAACAACUAUGGAUCGGAUUACGACUUACGUUUUGGAGGCCCC